AUGUGGGGGCUGUGGGUGCUGUGGUACUGGGGUGCCGUGGGAUCUGGGUGCUGUGGUACUGGGACACUAUCGGACCCGGGUCCCGGGUUACUGGGAUGCUCAGUUCCUGGCCGGCUGGCAUACUGGGAUGCUGGUCCCUCUCUGCUUGGGCUACUGGGAUGCUGGGUCCCUCCCGGGUUGGGAUACUGGUCGCUGGGUCCCUCCCGGGUUGGGAUACUGGUCGCUGGGUCCCUCCCGGGUUGGGAUACUGGUCGCUGGGUCCCUCCCGGGUUGGGAUACUGGUCGCUGGGUCCCUCCCGGGUUGGGAUACUGGUCGCUGGGUCCCUCCCGGGUUGGGAUACUGGUCACUGGGUCCCUCCUGGGUUGGGAUACUGGUCACUGGGUCCCUCCCAGGUUGGGAUACUGGUCGCUGGGUCCCUCCCGGGUUGGGAUACUGGUCGCUGGGUCCCUCCUGGGUUGGGAUACUGGGCUGCUGGUGCCUCGCUGGGUCCCAGGCCAUGCGCCGGUUCCUCGCAGGACGCCCGUCUCUACGAGGAGUGGAAGUGGUUCCGGUGCCCGACGCUGCUGGAGGUGCUGGAGGAGUUCCCAUCGGUGGAGCUGACGGCGUCGCUGCUGCUCACGCAGCUCCCGCUGCUGCAGCCGCGCUACUACUCCAUCAGCUCCUCGCCCGCAUCCCACCCCGAUGAGAUCCACCUCACCGUGGCCGUCGUCACUUACCACAGCGAGAAUGGGCAGGGCCCCCUGCACUACGGCGUCUGCUCGACGUGGCUGGCGCAGCUGCAGCCGGGGGACACGGUGCCCGCCUUCAUCCGCGGGGCCCCCUCGUUCCGGCUGCCCCCCGACCCGCAGACCCCCUGCAUCCUGGUGGGCCCCGGCACCGGCGUCGCCCCAUUCCGCAGCUUCUGGCACCACCGGCUGCACCUCCUGAGGGACCGCGGCGGCCCUCUGGGCAGGAUGGUGCUGGUGUUCGGGUGCCGCUCCUCAGCGCUGGACCACAUCUACCGCGAGGAGAUGGAGGAGGCGCAGGAGAAGGGGGCCCUCAGCCUCGUGGUCACCGCCUUCUCCCGGGAACCGGGGACACCCAAGACCUACGUGCAGGACGUGCUGCGGUCGCAGCUGGCGGCUGAGGUGCACGAGGUGCUGUGCGAGCGCGACGGACACCUCUACGUCUGCGGGGACGUGACGAUGGCCACCGAGGUGCUGCAGACGGUGCAGCAGGUGCUGGCGCAGCGCGGCGCCAUGACGCUAAGCCAGGCCGGAGACUUCCUGGGCGAGCUGCGGGACAAGAACCGCUACCACGAGGACAUCUUCGGCCUCACCUUCCGCACGCAGGAGGUGGCUUUCCGCAUCCGCAGCCAAUCCUUCUCGGCGCAGGAGCGGCCGCCGCCCAGCGCGGAUCCCUGAGGACGCGUCCGGCACCGGAGGGGCCUCGCGGCUGCUCCCCCGAACCCCGCUGCAGGCAGCGCCGCCGCCCACUAAAGCUUUAGUUUUGAUAA